CCUGUCCUCUCGUCGUCUUGCGUUGCGUUUGUAGAUAUUCGAGUAGUAGUACAACACAGUCCGGGAUUUUGGACCCUCAGCACCCACCAACAUGCAGUCCGGCAUCUCCGCAUCGCAGGAGCUCAAAUCGGCCCUCGGCACCCUGAUAACGUCGUCGUCGCAACGCGGUCUCCUCGCCACCAUCCAAAACGAAACCAUUGUCCCCAGCGCCACAAUCUCGUCGUCGUCGUCGGCGUUCCUCUCCGACUUGUCCAACCUUAGCAAACACGUCCAGCCCAAUGCCGCACUCUACAUCCUCCUCCGGCGCGCCGACUCGCUUUCGUCUCCCGAUAAGUCGCUGGUCGCAGUCACUUACGUGCCCAACUCAGCGCCCGUACGCCAGAAGAUGCUGUUCGCCAGCACGCGGUUAACGAUGGUGCGCGAGCUGGGCAGUGAACACUUCGCCGAGAGCGUCUUCUGCACGGAGGCCGACGAGCUGACGAGCCAGGGCUGGGAGAAGCACGUCAAGCACUCGGAGAGCGAGAACCCCCUGACAGCCGAGGAGCAGAGCCUGCAGGACAUCAAGGCCGCCGAGGCGCUGGAGAGCCGCGGCACCCAGGGUCAGAGCCUCGCGCAGGGCGGGAAGCUGGAGAUUCGCGCUGCUGGCGGUAUUGCGGAGGCGCUACGUGGGCUGGGCAAGGGAGGCGAUAACCUCGUCCAGUUGCGUAUGGAUGCUGCGACUGAGACGCUGCGACUUGUUUCCUCCACGUCUGCUACGCCGUCUACCAUCGCGUCGUCGAUCGAUACAAGGGAGCCAAGAUAUGCCUUCUACAGGCACGACGACCCCGACACGAGCAUCGUCUUCAUAUCGACGUGUCCGAGCGUGGCCAAGAUCAGGGAGCGCAUGCUGUACGCCGCGAGUCGGGCGAACGUCGUCGGUCUGGCGCAGAACGAGGGCGGGCUGAAGGUCAAUAAAAGGAUCGAGGCGACGAACCCGGAGGAGGUUACUGAGCAGGUCAUACUGGACGAGUUCAAGGUUGGGAAUGUGGAGGAGAAGAAGGGCUUUGCUAAGCCGAAGAGGCCAGGGCGGAAAUAGACGAUGGACAUGUUAACUUGCAUAUAUUUUUACGAACUCAUGACUCGGAGACUGCAUUGCAAGACCACGGACGUACCUAUUGGUGAACCACGAGGAUAAACGACUUCUAACGACAUUCCUAGC